GCCGGUGGGCGGAGCUUCCCGCGGGGCUCGGCGCGUCUGGCAGGGUAGGACCCUGCCUCGCGACUGCGGUGGGGACCGGGACCACCCUCUGCCGAUGGGACGCCGAUCUCGGGUUCCGUCCUGGAGACAAUAAAGGUGUGGCGAAGGUCCCGAGGUGAGGCCGGUGCCACUACACUUAGCCCCGCGAGUCCCCUAGGAACCGGUCGAGAAAUGGCCUUGUUCCUGCGGGCCGGAACGGGCUCCGCAUCCGGAGAGUCUUAGAACGAGCGCUGUCAGCACCCGGAGGGUCACUUCCUUCGCUGCAUGAUCCUGCCUGUCGUCCACAGUGGUCCUCAUGAAAGAAGUAAAUUUUUCUCAGAAUAAAUUUUCAUAAACAUUUUUGGUUUUGGGGUGAUUUUUUUUUUGCCUUCCUGAAAAUACAAAGCAGCUACUGCUGUGAAGCGCUGUUCUGUGACAAUCUAUCUUCCAUGCAAAGGCAAGGUGUUUGCAAUGCCCAAAAUGUAAGUGCCAGUACAUCUCUUCUUCUUUUAAAGUGGUCCUCUUCUUUUGAAUGUAGUGUUAUUACAUUCCAAUGACAAGUAUUUAGACCGUCUCUUCCUGCUGUACUUCAUUUUAAAGAAAAGUAACUGCUAACGUUAAUGGAGCGUUUACCCUGUGCCAGUCAAGAUCUAAGCAUUUAAAAUGGAUCGUCCCACUGAUCCUGAGAACAACCUUUUCAGGUUAAUCUGGAGUGAAGGAAUGGAGGCUGCCAAGGAGAAUGCCAUUGAACCAGAUAGCAGGCUCUUGCAGACAUCCCAGCAAGAGGUGAUGCUAAUGUGGACUUGGGAGAUGGCAGAGCAGUCGCAGAAAACUGGACGGACUUCAGAGCUCUCAUUUGUGCUGUGCACUGUCUUCAGUCCUGGGGAUUUGAAGAUGAGAGUCCUUGUACCUCAUUUGGGAGGCUGAGAGCUGUCAGAAGUGCUUCAGAAGCCACGCAGCAUUCCCAUGGUUCGGCAUGGAUAUCGGCGGGACGCUGGUUAAGUUGGUCUACUUCGAACCGAAGGAUAUUACAGCUGAAGAGGAGCAAGAGGAAGUGGAAAACCUGAAGAGCAUCAGGAAGUAUUUGACUUCUAACACUGCUUACGGCAAAACUGGGAUCCGAGACGUCCACCUGGAACUGAAAAACUUGACCAUGUGUGGGCGGAAGGGGAACCUGCACUUCAUCCGCUUUCCCAGCUGUGCGAUGCACAGGUUCAUCCAGAUGGGCAGCGAGAAGAACUUCUCCAGCCUGCACACCACGCUCUGUGCCACAGGAGGCGGCGCCUUCAAGUUCGAAGAGGACUUCAGAACGAUUGCUGACCUGCAGCUCCACAAGCUGGAUGAACUGGACUGCCUGAUUCAGGGCCUGCUUUACGUUGACUCCGUGGGCUUCAACGGCAAGCCGGAAUGUUACUAUUUUGAGAAUCCCACAAAUCCCGAAUUGUGUCAAAAAAAGCCGUACUGCCUCGAUAACCCAUACCCUAUGUUGCUGGUGAACAUGGGCUCAGGUGUCAGCAUCCUAGCCGUGUACUCCAAGGACAACUAUAAAAGAGUUACAGGGACCAGUCUUGGAGGUGGAACAUUCCUAGGCCUAUGUUGCUUGCUGACUGGUUGUGAGACCUUUGAAGAAGCUCUGGAAAUGGCAGCUAAAGGCGACAGCACCAAUGUUGAUAAGCUGGUGAAGGACAUUUACGGAGGAGACUAUGAGCGAUUUGGCCUUCAAGGAUCUGCGGUAGCAUCAAGCUUUGGCAACAUGAUGAGUAAGGAAAAGCGAGAUUCCAUCAGCAAGGAAGACCUCGCCCGAGCCACCCUCGUCACCAUCACCAACAACAUCGGUUCCAUUGCUCGGAUGUGUGCAUUGAAUGAGAAUAUUGACAGAGUUGUGUUUGUUGGGAACUUUCUCAGAAUCAAUAUGGUCUCCAUGAAGCUGCUAGCAUAUGCCAUGGAUUUUUGGUCCAAAGGACAGCUGAAAGCUCUGUUUUUGGAACAUGAGGGUUACUUUGGAGCUGUUGGGGCACUGCUGGAACUGUUCAAAAUGUCUGAUGACCAGUAGAGAUGAGCCAUGGAUGGAACAGCCUUCUGUGCGAACAGGGAACCGAGCUCUGCUGCUGGAAAGGGUGAAAGCCACUGUGGGAUGGAAGCCAAGCCAUUAUGGAAGAUGAACCUGCUGGAUUUGUAAAUACUUUAAAAUCCUUCUAGCUGAUCUUUUACUUUGGAUUUUGAGCUUAUGAUUCAAAUUGGGGAAUAUAAGAGUUUUUUUCUGUAUACUGCAUUUAAAAAAAAUUUGUGCAGUGUAGCCAAACCUACCAAUUUUAUGCAUUGACUUUGAAAAAUGGUAUGAUGUUUAAGAAGGACCUGAAAUGUAAGUGCUGUUUAUUUUUCUUCUGGGGUUUACUGAUCAGUGUGGUAAUUUUAACUUCAUUUAGUAAUUACUCUAGGAGAUUUUACCUUUACUUAUAUUUUUCAUGACGUUUCAUGAUUUGCUGUUGGUUUCAAAUGAAACUACAAAUCUGGCACGUUUUACUGUGAACACUAUUUUGUUUGUUCGUUUACCUGGGUUUUUUUUUGGUCUUGUUUUUUUCUGUUUAAAUGUCUUAUAGAAAAAGAAUCCUUCCCCCUGUUUCUGUCCUUGGAUGACUCCCUGUGCCCCUCAAUAUCAUUCUUUAAUGUAAUUGUUCAUUUUUAAUCAAGGUGCUGACCAACUCAAGACAAAGUAAAGCAUGAGGUCUAAAGCUCUCAAAAGUGCCCUUGAAGAAGAAACUCUGAAAAAGUGUUCAUGAGUUUAGUAAGUCCAGCAAAAGCUGAAAAUUAUAUGCAAUUUUGUCUCAUCCCUUAUGAAUAUACCACGUUGUGUUGGAUUUAUUUUAUAUUAGGUUAUAUUAAAUUGAAAUGUUCAAUGAUGAAAUGUCCUCGUUCGUACACAGCAUAUGAAUGGCAGCAAAUCUUUGUGCCAGAUGUUGGAAUUUACAAGGGAAAGUCUCCCAGAGGAGUAACUGUUCACAUCGGGAGGUUCAGGAGAAGUCAUGGGUUGAGGUGUCAUGUAGUAAUAGCUAUGUGUUUUGUACAUGUACGUACCUAGAAGCUUUGUAACAAGGCAUCUUAAAUAAUAAUAAAAGUUUUUUAUUUGAAAUAUUUUAAGCUGAAAACUAUUUCAAUCCCACUUUCUAAAAUUAAAAAAACAAUUGUGAUACUGAUCUCUUUUUUUUUCUGUUUGAAACAUAUUUACCUGAUGGGUAACUUUCAAAUGAGAAUCUUGUACCAAUGUUGAAACACAUGAGAUCUAAUGAUUAGGAACUAAUUAAUCUUUUGAAUUGAGCAUAUUGUUGAAAGGGAUUUUUGAAGGGCAAUAUAAUUGCUCCAUGAUGAAAUUUUCCUUGUCUGCCUUCUCGGCACCAUCUUUGAUUUCCAUAUCUUCAAGUCUUGAAGAAGUUGUAGUUAAUUGAAGUAUUCACUUGUCUGGUUGAAAUAAAGCCUGUUUCUGUUGUGAUUUU